GCUUCGUUUACGCACGCACGCACACACAUACAUACACACAUAUAAAGUAUAUAUUAGUUAGGGGCGUGUGUUUGUGUUUACGGUUUGAUGUCAUUUUUGUAUACUCCUCACGAAUACCAUUCUUGACUGCUUUAGAGAUCAUUCAGUUGAGUAUGAAAGUUGAAGUAUUCAAACAAAGUGUUUUUGUUGUAAAGAAGGCUAAUCAGUGAUAUUUUCAGUUUAUACAAGUAUCAGUUUUCUAUGUCUGGAACAGCCACUGCUUUUUGUCCUGAAAAUUUCAGUGAAUCUAGCAGUAAUAAAAAUAGCCCCAAUUUACAGUCAUCACUUAGCAUCAACAAGUUUUUUGCUGUUUCUGAGCCCAAUGGACAUGUUCAAAAAUUUACUACAGACAGUUCAAACAAGGCAACCUUAGAUGAAGUUUUGGAGUCUAUACCUCUUGUAUAUAAUCCUGUCACUAAACAGUUACAUCCAAAUGAACAGAUUAAAUUAUUUGGUCUAAAAAACAAAACAGAUGGGUUUUUCAUGAAGGAUGGCAAGUGUUUCUCAAUGGAUAUUGAUUCUCCUUCUUCUGAAGACUUGCCAGAAUAUGAAGGUUUGUGUAGAAAGCUGAAGUCUAUCAGGAGUUCAGAAGGUACUCCAUUCAGUAAUUCAUACUUUGAUAAUGGUUCCUUUCAAGAACUUCUUGCAAAAAGUGAGAGUUCUUCUAUAACAGAAGAAGAAAACAGUGACAAAGUUGAUGGUAAAGAUAUAGAUGGUGGACAAAGGUUAGAUAUCUUACAGAGAUGUCAAACAACCAUUUCUCUUCCUCAAACUGAUACAUCUUCAUUUACUAGCAUAUCAUCAAUAAGUACUGGUACAGAAGGAUUAGACCUGACAGAUAUAACCAGUUUUCAUUCAGUAGAUGAUUUGUCCAUUAAAGGAGGUGUGAAACCUAAGCGAAGAGGUUUAUCUGGUCUUUUACCAAGAAACCUGUUAUCAUGGAGAUCAAAAGAAUUAGAUGAAAACACAUCUCGGGAACCAAGCAGAACAUCUUCUAGAGGUCCAUCUCCAACUCCUUCCAGUGGCUUUAAAAAUGAAGGAUGUUCACCUGCCACUUCAACUACUGCUCUGAUCCUAGAGAACCGGCCACCAAAUCUGCCAGCUAAACAUCCAUUGGAAGAGCAGCGUCACAAACAGGAAUACGAGGAGAUGGUGAAGACGGCAAGAAAAAAAGAACUGAAAGAUGCUAAAGCGAGAAAGAAACAAAUUCAACAGCAGAGGAAGCUAGAAGAUAAACUGGUGCAGGCAACAAAAGUGUGGACUAACGACAUUCUUCCAAACUGGGAAUCAGUUAAAAACUCUCAUAAAACUCGAGACUUGUGGUGGCAAGGUAUACCUCCGAGUGUAAGGGGAGAUGUGUGGAGACUUGCCAUUGGAAAUGAGCUCAAUGUUACUCAGGAGCUGUAUGACAUCUGUGUUAGUCGAUCAAAAGAGAAGCUCUGGUUUUCAAAUGAACCUCCAGCUUCAGAUAUAUGUAAUAGUAAUGAAACAACAGCAGAUCUGAUCAAACUUGAUGUCUCAAGGACUUUUCCUCAUCUGGGAAUAUUUCAAGAGGGUGGACCUUAUCAUGAUCUUUUACAGGAUGUCUUGGGGGCCUAUGUAAUAUAUAGACCUGAUAUCGGAUAUGUACAAGGAAUGUCAUUUUUAGCAGGAACACUCUUGCUUAACAUGGAAGCUUCCGACGCUUUUGUGUUUUUCUCCAAUCUUUUAAAUCAACCAUGUCAGCUGGCAUUUUUUAGGCUUGAUUCAUCACUGAUGAAAAUUUAUUAUGCUGUAUAUGAAGAAUUUUUCAGUGAAAACUUGGCAAAGCUCAACAGCCACUUUAAAAAACAGAACCUUACAUCUGACCUGUAUUUAGUGGAUUGGGUGUAUACUCUGUUCAGUCGAUCUCUUCCACUUGAUGUGGCGUGUAGGGUGUGGGAUAUUUUCUUCAGAGAUGGAGAAGAAUUUCUCUUUAGAACUGCUUUAGGUAUUUUAAAAAUGUAUGAAGACAUCUUGCUAAAGAUGGACUUUAUCCACCUUGCCGAGUUUUUGACUAAAUUGCCUGAUACAAUCAAUCCUGAACAUCUUUUCAACUCCAUUAGUGGUAUCAGAAUGUCCGUUAACAAGAAGAACUUUAGCCAAGUCCUAGCUAGACACAAAGACUGUGUAACUUAGAAGACAGUUUCCUAUUAGAAGUUCUGGAGCAGAACUAAUUUGCAAGGUGUUUAAGGGUAAAGUUUAUUCCAGUGAUGAUCCAGAGCUGUUGUCAACAGCCUAUUUUGCCAUACUUGAAAUUUUCUUAUGUAGAUCAGAGAGAGUGUGCGUAAUGAAGUGGGGUUAAAUACGUUAUAUUUAAAAAUCCUCUUUAGUGGUGAAUAUUUUUCAGUACUGAGUUACUUGAGUUUCUCUAAAUUUUGUUAACCUGGUGGAGCUCAAUAUUGUACAUUUAUGCAGUUCUUAUUUGAAUUGAGAAAGUAUGUACCAAAUCUGUUAAAAUGAUUCCUGAAUUUAAUUAGUUAAUCUGUGUGUACUACUUAAUUCUUGUACAACUCUGAUCAGUCAAUAAUGGAUAUGAUGACUGUGUCUUUGUUCAUAAAUAUCAGUAGGAAAUGAUUUUAUCUGUUUGGUUUUAUAUAAAAAAAAACACAGACUUUUGUUUAUUCUUGUUCAAGGUAUUAGCUGUACAGUAGCAUGUAGCAGCUUUGAAAGGGCUUAUGAAAAAUAUCUUAUGAUGUUAGAUAAGUAAUUAUUUUUUUUUCUAGGUGUAAAUGAAAAAGACAUUCUGUUUGAUUCUCUGAUGUUUAAGAAUUUCACAUUCUGUGAUCUGGUGUUAAGAUCUGAUAAAAUUAAGUAGUCUGUUUUAUUUUUUCAAACAUUUAAAUAUAUAUGUAUAAAAUGUGUUGUAGUAACGUGUUCCUGUCUGUCAGCAUUCCUGAUUCUGUGUAUUAGAAACUCUUUCACACAACAAAACUGUUCUGAGAAAUUGUGUGACUGUUGUUUAACAGAAAGCAACAGUAUUAUAUGACAAGUUGUUCGUUAUUUAUUGUUAUAAGUUGUUUCCUUAACCACACUACACUAACUGAUGAACCUAGCUCAUGAACUAAGUUAUGUUGUGGUCAAUUUGUUUCUUAGAGAUAUUCUGGUUUAGAGAACUGAUUGUAAGAACACAGAAACAAACUUUAUUUAUGUGCUUGAAUUCUCAAACUUCUCUAGGGCUGAGAAAGAAAACUUUUAUUAUUAAGUGAUCUGUCUUGCUGAAUACACAGAACAACAUAUGAAAAAAGACCACAUUACCAUUGGGAGCACAAUUAUGAUAUGAAGAAAAAAGAGUUUAAAUAGCCAUUUAUAUUAGAAUAACAGUUUUAUAUAUGAUUUGUACAUUAUGUAACAAGUUUGCCCCGACAAGAAGCUUACGAUAGUUAUCAAUUGAUUGAGAAUAAAUGUGUGUCAUGAAUUGACGGUAAAGCAGAUUAAUGUUUCCAAAGUUAGCUUCUUCAAAAUAAACUUUACGUGACAGACAGAAAAAUGGAACCUAAAAUGUCAUCCUAAAGCCAUAAAUUUAAUGUUCGGAAAUCCAUAAAAUAAAAUAUUAACAAUGCUAAUUUAAACUGGUACAUGAAUACACACACAAAGUUCAAUGUAUUUUGUUUCAAAGUGAAAGUGAUAAAAUGGAGUUAAUAUCAUGAUUUCUUAACUGCCUCACUAUGGUUUAUAACGGAGCAACAAAAGAACAAAUUUGUAUGAAUAAAAAAAAAGGCUCUUCAUGUCAGUUUUACACAAUCACUGAAGAGUACAUAGGAAAUAAAAAUUUUUUUUGCAAAAUUCUUUACGAAGAUGUAUUUAAUUUCUUCUUAGUAUUAGAAUUGUAGAUACAGCUGUCUAAAACAUUGGAAAUACUUUAUGUGAAGGUUCCGUAAGAGGAAUAAUUGUUUUUUUUUUUUUUGUUAGAGGUAUACGUACAAAUUUUCAAAUGGUUCUUAAUGCGUUUUUAGACAUUCUUGGAAAUCAGAAUUUUCUCCCGGGUACGUUUGUGGUAUGAAAGUUUGGUAAACUGUGUUAAUGAAUUAUCUGUUUAUUUUUCUACUCCGACUGCAAAACAUGUAUUUGGAUUAGUCAAUUAUCGUAAGCAUAUUUGAAAGUAACUUGUAGUUAUAGAAGUAUAUAAAAAAAAAGUGAUCAGCCAGAUUAAUCAGGGAAACAUGUAAUAUAUAUAAAAAUACAGCAAAGUGAAUUAAAGCUUACCACAAGGUUUUAUACAAACACUUGUCAAAUUUGUGAUAAAAAUUCCGUAAGCUGCAGAUGUGUGUGUGUGAUUUUUAACACUUAGGUUAGAUAUGUUGAUUUCUAAUGCUUCGUCAACUUCAGCAUAUAAACCAUAAUAUUCAAGCAAACACGUAUUUUACGUAUUUAAAUAAAUCUAUCCUAUUUAUUAGGAUAUAUGAAUAUUUCAUUUAUUGUUUAUUUUGUUCAUGUUCCUAUUUGUUUUUUCAUUUCUACUAGUUUAUCUUCUAAAUUAUACAUCUAACACUUGGAUUGUCUUUACGUUUCAAGUAAUUUAAUGUUUAUAGCACUUGAUGAAGUUCCAGGAUUAGAUAAAACGGUUGAAGUAACACUUGGAUUGUCUUUACGUUUCAAGUAAUUUAAUGUUUAUAGCACUUGAUGAAGUUCCAGGAUUAGAUAAAACGGUUGAAGAAUUCUUGAUAUGAUAACAAUUUUUUUUUAUCAAGUUUCUGAAGUUCAUUGACAUCAUGAUGGUGUUAUAGUCACUCUUCCAGACGAAACAGAAAUGUUGUGAUAGAAUGUGACAUGUUGUAAUUUCCAGUGUAGGAAAACAGAGGAGGAAUUUUCUAAAUCAAACAGAAUAUAUAUAUAGGAAAAACAAAACCUAAUUGUAUGUGUAAACAGCACAUAGUAAAGUCAUAAACAUAUCCAAUAAAACCAUUUGUCAUUAAAACCCGCAGAAGAAAAAUAAAAUUUGUUUGAGAUUACAGACCAACCAUAUAUUAAGCUACUUAAGUUGAGAAGGAUGAAAUGGAACUAGAAGUUUCAAUUAUGGACAUUAUAUGCAAAAUUAUAAAUAUAUUCCAAUUACUCCUACCGAGUUCAAAGUAAAUUAUCGCUGGGAGGUUAUUAAAAUUUUUAGGGCGGGGGGGUCUAGUAAAUAUGAAAGUGACUAGAACAGGACAAAUAAUCAAAAACCAGCCUUUUAUCAAUCUCGUGAUAUUUUGAUUAGCAUAAUGGAUUUUUUAAUUUAUAUAACUGUGUCUGACAUUUGUUGAACUGUGGGUAAUUCUGCUAAAUAAAACACAUAUCUGUCACAUCUACACAAUGUAACUAAAAUACUAUGUCAUCAUCAUGUAUGUUAAUUGAUAGACAAGCACCAGUGUAAGGAAAUGAUUAAAUUCUAUUUCCCAGUGACUUUAUAGAAAAAAAUGAAUACUUUUAUCUUCUGUCUAUCGUAAAAUAUUUCUUCCCCCCUUUUAAUACCGAAACGAAAGAGUUUCUUGACACCAACUAGUCCAUGGCACACUUUAUUCACCCUGAAAAGUGCUCAUGGGUAGAGUUUGAUCACAUAUUUAGAUAUUCUGAGGAAAGCAAUAUUUUCUGUUUCUGUUCCAGAUAUUAAGACAUUACUCAUUCUAACCGUUCAGUCAACAUUAAAAAUAAAUACUGUAUUUAAUAGCCUAAGGUUAAGCUAUUUAAAGUUGCACUUAUAUGAUAGUGUAUUUGAAAACAAUAUAGCUGGUUUCUGUAUUUAUCACCUUUUUUUUUGCCAAUUAUUCAUAGCAAUCAAAGAAGUUUUUGAAGAGUAGGUAACAUAAGCAAUAUUUGAUGUACAGAAUUGAAAUAAUCCACCUUAGUUUUGUCAUUUAAACAACGUUUACGUAUGAAAAAAAGAAAACUUGUCGUUGUGUCAGCUAAAAUAACAUUUAUGUGUAUUGUGGAUCUGAAGGACGGAGAGAGAGAAACGUGGUCAUUGUGUAUGAUAAAACAACAUUUAUGUAUGUUUUAACUCUGAAAGAGGGAGAGAAACGUGGUCAUUGUGUAUGAUAAAACAACAUUUAUGUAUGUUUUAACUCUGAAAGAGGGAGAGAGAGAAACGUGGUCAUUGUGUAUGAUAAAACAACAUUUAUGUAUGUUUUAACUCUGAAAGAAAAAGAGAAACGUGGUCAUUGUGUACGAUAAAACAACAUUUAUGUAUGUUUUAACUCUGAAAGAAAAAGAGAAACGUGGUCAUUGUGUAUGAUAAAAGAACAUUUAUGUAUGUUUUAACUCUGAAAGAAAAAGAGAAACCUGAUCGUUGUGUCAACUGAAAUAACAUGUAUAUAUGUGUGUGUGAAUGAGAGAGUAGCUUGGUCAGCUGCAGAAGUUUUUUAAAACAUCACAUUCAUAUAGCUGACUUCUGUAGAUUUAAUGAUUAGUUUCAUAGAAAUUUCAGUUUAAACUAGAAGAUAAGCUGUGUAAAGAAACAGUUAAUAUUUGUGUUAAUGUAGAAUAGAUACAUGUAAAAUAUCUAUACAGAUGUAUGACAUCUCAAAGAUCUGCAAACGGCUCAUUGAUGUUAAAUAAUAAAAAAAGGAAUCUUGUGGUGUCCAAUUUGAAAACUAAUACCAGAACAAAGGUUUUAUAAAAAUGUUUUGCAAAUAUUUUAAAGUAGAUUCUUUUUCGUUGUCUUUAUUUCUCAUGGAAAUAUGAUUUCAGUUGAGUACUUAUGUCUGUAAGUACAAAAUGGUAUGUCAGCGUUUUAGAUUCAACACUUAAUAUAAUCAAUGUGUCUUUUAUUAGAAUUUAACUACAUGCUGAAGAUGAGGUGUCCAUUGCUGUGUUUUUAUUUAAAUGGACUUUAAGCAUGAAAACAUUUAGCUAUGAAAUGUGAAUGAGAAAACAGAUACAAAAGGCUUUUUGAUAUGGAAAGAAAAUUCAAAUGUGUUCUACAGUUUCAGCUUUUACCGAUACAAAUUAAUUAUGGUACUUGUGUCUUUCUUUGGCAUAUUUGUUACAGUAUAAAUUUAUUAAAAAAAAUUACUAUUUUCAGUGCCUCAACUUAAAUAAAUUAAUAAUCAGUUUUGUGAGGUUGUCUUGAUUUUUAAGUAUCCCCCAAAGAUGGUUUUGGUUUCUUUUAUUUUAUUUUAUUUUAUAUAAAAGAAGCUUUUAAUAUGAAAUAAGUGUAUUUUGUAAAAGGAAACGAUAGUUCAUAAACGUAAAGCCGCAAUCCGUCAUAAAAAGAGACUAAUUAUGUAGACUAGAUUAAGAUGUUGUUGGUACUGGAAAUUUGUAGGAAACGAUAGUUCAUAAACGUAAAGCCGCAAUCCGUCAUAAAAAGAGACUAAUUAUGUAGACUAGAUUAAGAUGUUGUUGGUACUGGAAAUUUGUAUUCAAUUACUUUGUUUUUUUAAAAGAAAGAGUGAUUUUUGAAAUGGAUUUGUUUCUCUCUGUAUUUGGUGUAUCUGACACCUGCAAUAUUGAGAUUUUUGAGGAAUAUGUAAAUAUAAAACACCAUUUUGUUAUUAAAUGUGUUUUCUCUUUUAU